AUGAGGGCUGCUUUCCUGGUGCUGCUCCUCUGGGCUGUAGCCUGCGCUCACCCCGACACAGCAAGUGAAGAUUACAUCAACAAGCUGAGCAACUUCCUGAGUGGUGGAGAUGGCAGACAUCCUCCUGCCAGUGCAGAGAUGGGAGACAAUGCCCUUGCCAGGGACCUGACUGGUGGGAACACUGUGAGCAAGGAGCUGGGUGAGCGUGGUGGCCAAGUCAAGGGAAGCAAACUUGGGGAGGCUCAGCAUUUGAACCAGGUGCACCACGAGGACCCAAGUGCCCGGGAUGGGAACAGCCUUGGUUUCCUGGAGGAGGAUGCACGUGAUGCUGAUGAUGGUGACAAUGGACAGCACCAUGGCACUGGAGUCAAUGGGCUUCCCUCCCACGACGGUGGGCUCCUGGACGAGGAGGAUGACAGUGGGGAUGAUACCUUUGAUGUGAAUGGGGAAGAGGAGGGGGGUGAAGGUCCUACUUAUGUGCCCGCGGGAGGGAGCGGAGAGAGCGGCUGGGGGGCUGGCUCCCACCACUGGGAGGAGGGCCACAGCAGGUCUCCAGAGGUGGAGGAUGCUGACUCGGAAGAAGACAGCCCAUCCACAGAGGACAACAGUGAGUCGGAAGAGACUGUCACCAGCCAGUCAGAGGAAAACAGCACCAGCCGCUCUGGGGAGGAUGGGGAUGAGGAGGACAGCCCCUCCAGGGAGGAUGAGGGCAGCAAGUCCAAGGAGGGCACCGCCAACCAGUCGGAUGAAGAGCUGGGGGAGUCCCCAGAGGACAUAUCCCAGGAUGUGGUGAGCACAUCAAGCGAGCGCAGCAGCAGCCAGUCCCAAGAAGGGCAGGAGGACCGGGAGUCUGCUGAGGACAGGAGUGCACUGUCCGCGCCUGACAAUGAUGGCGACCAGAGCCAGUCCAUAGAAGACACUGUGGAGGAGUCAAAGGAGGACGAGAAUGACUCCGACCCUGAUGGGGACACGCCAAGCACAUCAGCCGAGAGCCAGAGUGCAUCCCCGGAGGAUGACGGCAGCCAAGAGGAUGGUGCAGGUGAGGACAGCAGGUCCACAGGGAGCAACAACAGUGAGUCCCAGGAGGAUGAAGAUGACAAUGAGGAGAGCCACUCCCAGGAGGAUGCCACCCAUGAAUCCAGCAGUCAUGGAGACGAUAGCUCGCCACAGAGCCUGGAAAGCAGGAGCCGCAAGCGGAGGGCGGGCGCCUACCGCAACAAGCCUGCUGCCGAUUAUGAUGACAACGACUGCCAGGACGGGUACUGA